AUGGAAUAAGAAACUCUAAUUCAUAAAGAUAUUGUUUACUUAAAACAUAAUGAAACCAAUGGUUAUCUAACAGAUACAGGAAUUUCUUAUUAAAAUGGGUAUAAUUUAAUAUGGAAUCAUUAGCUACAUAUUAGGUACUAAAAAGGAGCAGGAUCAAAACUCUGUAUGGAUUUUAGAAAAAUAUAGUCCUCCUGUUUAAGGACUGAAAAAGCCUAAUUAUAAUAGAGUUGAAAUAUGGCCUUGUGAUAUGAUAGUUAUUAGAAAUGGGAAAACUGGAAAUGUAAUCACUUGGUAUCUAAUAUAUUAAUAAUUAGUAAUAUAGGAAACAAAUCACCAGUAACCAAAUAAGGAGAAAUGAUUGUAGCUAAUUAAUAUGAGGGUACAGGUGAAUAAUAAUUCCUGUUGAUAUUUGAUAAAUUUGAUGAAAUAAAUCUAAAUAGAGCUAAGUUUGUCAAUGUACUUGAUGAGAAUCAUGCUUUACAUUCUCAUAAUAGAUAAUACAAGAAUCCUAAAGAUGUUAAUGAAGUCACAGGCUUUACAGGAGUAGACUAAAAUGACUAUUGGACAAUCAUUCCUGUAAAUAUAUAAAUCAAAUAAUUAUAGGCAUCUAGGACUGUUCGAUAAUCUAUAUUCAUUAAUGAAUAAUAAGAUAUUGAAAAAGCAGUCAGACCAAGAUGUUAUAAAUAUAUUCACAAUUUAGAUAAAGUUGUAAUUAGAAAUUGUUUCACUGGAGGAUCAUUACAUUCUCAUACUAGUACAUAUACUCAUGGAAAUAAAUAAUAAGAAAUAACUUGGAGAUAUUCAAUUAGAAGAGAUCAAAAUGAUUGGUGGAUAAUUGAAUUGGCAAAUGGAAAUUCUGAUAUCACUAGCUAAAUUCCUAAUAAAUCUCUUUUGUUUUUAUAACAUAAUGGAACAGGAAAGAAAUUAAUGCAUAUUAAUGGUGCUAGAAAUAAAAAGAAAGAUUAUCUUGAAGUUAAUUGUGGAAUCUAAGAUGAAGCUGAAUUCUAAAUUGAAGGUAUUUAAAUUAUCAUCUUUAGGAGUUGAUAUGGGUAUACCUGAAUUGAAUACUUUAAUUCUUGAAUAUCCUUUUAGACUUAAACAUAUCAAAACCUCUUAGUAUUUGGCUGCUUUGAGUAGACCUUCCAGCAAAACCACUUUUUAAGGUGAAGUUGUAUUGGUUGGUGGAAAAGAACAAAAUACCAUUUGGAUGAUUGAAACUGUAGAUUCCUUAUUUGAUUGA